CGUGUUGUUGUUGAUCUCGGGUGCCGAUCACAUGGUGGGGUUUUGCGCAUGCGCGAGCUGUUAAUGGCUGAUGGAGAGAAGAUGCCCACUGCCUCCAUCCCCGUGUAGCGCAGGAGAGCUCCAGCCCGCUCCCGUUUGGCGCACAUUGCGCAGACUGCCGUUUUUCCGCACAGCUGCAGGCCGCAGUCCGACACGAGAGGCCCGAUGUCCGUGGCUAACGCUAAACACACGGUUCUGAAUCCGGUGAUCCCAUACACUGGACCCAUACCUGGUGGCCUGCACCCCGGGGAGAUCAUCAUCAUCCAGGGCACCGUCCCCCCUGAUGCUGACAGGUUUCAGAUCGACCUGUCGAGUGGCUGCAGCACCAAACCACGCUCUGACGUCGCCCUCCACUUCAGCCCUCGCUUCAAGGGCUCGCCCUGUGUGGUGUGCAACUCCCUGCUGCAGGAGAGCUGGGGCAGAGAGGAGACGCUCCACCAGCUGCCCUACAAGCGCGGCGCCCCCUUCGAGACGAUCAUCCUGGUGCAUGAAGACGUCUUCAAGGUGGCGGUAAAUGGAGCUCACCUGCUGGAAUACAAGCACAGAAUUCCUCUGAACAGGGUCGAUACCUUCUCCAUCUGUGGGAAAGUCAGGGUGCACGCUAUCGGCUACAUCCCAAACUCAGCAAUAUACUCGGAAUCAGGUGACCUGAGCCUCCCUUACAAAGGCAGCAUCCUCAAAGGCCUGAGUCCAGGACAGCACAUCACAAUAAAAGGGCAGGUCAGCAUGUAUCCUCACAGUUUUACAGUGAACCUCCGGAACAGCCGGACGGAGAACAUCGCUCUCCACCUGAACCCCCGCAUGAAGUCCGGCGUGUUCAUCAGGAACUCGUACCUGGGUGAGUCCUGGGGCCAGGAGGAGCGGGAGCUGCCCUUCUUUCCAUUCUCCUCAGGAGAAUACUUUGAGAUCCUUCUCCUCUGUCAGCCACAUCGGUUCAAGCUGGCGGUGAACGGCUCGCACCUGUUCGAGUUCAGACACCGGGUGCAGGACCUGAGCAGCAUCGACCAGCUGGAGAUCAUGGGAGACCUGGAGCUCACCGACGUCAAGCUGUGGUGACUCGCACGGAAACCGGCGUCACCGACGCUCCUGGGUUCUGGUUAUCGUGCUAAAUUAGCUUAGCCACAGCAACCUGGGCGUGGAUGGUUCUAAGCUAGUCUGGCACGGAGGCCGUGGACGGGUCUUAAAUGAACGGUUUCCAGCUGAGACUGGAUGAUGCAUGACGGUAAGCCGUGCUGCAGCUGACUGUGUCGUCCCUGGACCGUUUCUUCUCUUGUCUCUAGUGCAUCUCUGCUGUGAUACAGCCUGUGUAACUAAACCAGGAAAUAAAUGUGAAUGUUAAGAAGCUCUCGACACCUGGCUCUGCUUACAUGUUAAUUAUAAGACGGUCAGCAAAACAGUGAAAUAAAUACAAGGACUGCAUUCUUCUGUACAGCUCAUAUAGAAAAAAAAAAUCCAGGAAGUGCAGUUUUUACUGCAUCAUUGAAGUCACAGCUUUCAUUUGCAUUAGUUUUUAUCACUUUAAAAUAAUAUUUGAAAUACAUGAAAAUGUCCCACACACCUGACGGCAGCACUCUGUGCAGCACGAGAUAAUAUUUAAAUAACCGUGAAAGGUCAGAGGAGCAAGUCCUGCUCCAGUCAUCUGAGGUUCCCUCUCAUCUCCUUUAUAAUCAGCUGUGGUUAAAAAUGUAACCAAAUCAGGCUGUAUGUAUCACAUUAUUUAAUGACAAAUAAACUUGUUCCUGUUAUCCUUCUGUUAGCAUUCAAACCUGAGGAUGACCAGAAGCCUUCAGCGAUUCUUCACCUCCUCAGGUUUUAAGAUUGUGCAGCUGAUGCACUGAUCACAGCCCACGUCCAUCAUCGAGAGCCUUUUUUACAUUUUAUAGGCUCACAUGUUCGCCGGCCUCCGUGGAUUUAGACCGCCAUAGCAAAGAUUUAAAAGUGUGCUCUCACAUGCUGAUAAAUACGUUUCCUCCAUAACUGUCUUGCCAGUAAUAAAACACGUAAAUAAAAACAAAAUAAACCUGAAUUUCAUUCAUAACAGAAAUGAAAACAUCAAAUGUAAAGCUCAUUUUGAAUUUGAUGACAGCAAAACGUCAAAGAGAAAAAGGUUAAAAAGCAGCUGGAGGAACAUUUUUCAGCAGCGCAGUCAUGUGACUGGAUAUUAAAAAAAUACACAGAACAGAGGUUCACAAAAAAAGUUUAUAAAAAUGUUCCUCAGCACAGAAAUGUGACGAUUUCAAACGUGUGCAGACUUUUAGAAAUAUGUUGCUGCCCUCAAAAUCAAAAUUAGCCUAUUUUUUUAAAUGCGCUUCAUCUUCUCAGUUUAAUAUUUGAAAUGUUUUUUUGUUUAUGUUCUAUUAUGAAUAAAU